GCCAUGUGUAUAUUAUCGAUAGAAACUUUAAUGUGCAACAGUUUCUAGCGUACGAUGGGGGACGAGUGACACAUAUGAAACAAAUUAAACAACGAAACAUUCUAGUGACUAUUGGCGAAGAUGAACCGGUAGCUUCGACACCAAUAAUUAAAAUAUGGGAUCUUGAUAAACAAGACAAAUCAAAAGGAGCGCCAACAUGUUCACGAAUCAUUAAAGUAGAACAUAAUAAAAAGCCGUUUCCCGUGUCAACUUUUGCUGUUUUGGAAAAUAUGAGUCAAAUUGCAAUUGGGUUGGCAAAUGGUAUAGUUAUUUUGAUUAGAGGUGAUUUGUCGAGGGAUCGGUAUAUAAAACAAAAGAUUAUUCAUGAAGACGAGGAACCGGUAACAGGCAGAGAGGAAAACAGGAAUACUAUUCUUUUUAUUGUGACAACUAAUAAAGUGAUGACAUAUAAUACUACGGGACGAUCCCCUUCCAUUAUUGAUGAACAAGGUUGUGGAUUAGGUUGCGCAAUAAUGAGCGAUACAACACAUGAUAUGGUUAUAGCUAAAGAUGAAGCGAUUUAUUUCUAUACGCCCGAUGGACGUGGUCCUUGUUUUGUAUAUGAAGGCACAAAAACAUCCGUUAUCUGGUUUAAAUUCUAUCUUAUUAUUGUUUCACCGCCGGCUUCACAACCGACGCGUCUCACCGUGUCAACGCGUCCAGCUUUAUCUCUUGGAGCAAAUAAUACCACUUCCCCUGCAACUCCAAAAUCGCCUACGUAUGAGCUUACCAAAGUCACUAUUUUUGACACAGUCAACAAAUUUAUUGCUUAUGUUGGUAAUUUCUCACAAGGAGUUCGCACAAUAACAUGUGAAUGGGGUGCCGUUUAUAUCUUGGGGAUGGAUGGAAAGCUUUAUCGUCUAGAGGAAAAAGACACACCGACAAAACUCGAACUUCUUUUCAAGAAAAAUUUAUAUCAACUCGCUAUCAAUCUCGCUCACAGUCAAAAAUACGAUGAUGCUAGUAUUUCUGAAAUAUUUAAGAAAUACGGAGAUCACUUAUACAACUCUAAAGCGGAUUACGAUGCCGCCAUGGCUCAAUAUAUUCGCACAAUAGGUCAGCUUGAACCAUCUUAUGUUAUUCGCAAGUUUCUGGACGCGCAACGAAUUCAUAAUCUCGUGAAUUAUCUUCAAGAGCUUCAUGCGCAUGGCCUUGCUAACGCAGAUCAUACAACAUUACUAAUUAAUUGUUAUACUAAAUUAAAAGAUGUGGCGAGAUUGGAUCAAUUUAUAAAGACAGACAACGAGCUUACUUUUGAUCUCGAGACUGCAAUAAAAGUCUGUCGACAAGCUGGUUAUUACGAGCAUGCCGUGUAUUUAGCUAAAAAAUUUGAAGAGCAUGACUUAUACUUAAAAAUACAAAUUGAAGACGUACAAGAUUAUGAAAAUGCUUUAGAGUAUAUUCGCAAACUAGGACCAUUCGAGGCAGAUCGAAAUUUGCAAAAAUAUGGCAAAGUGCUUUUGAAUCAUCUCGCGCAACCUACAACUAAGCUGUUGAUAGAUCUUUGCACGGGAAACCUCUUUGUUCAACCGCCUAAUGAUGCAGAAACAUCGUCUCCGACUGUUGUAGUUCCUUCUUAUCCGCAAUUCUUGCAAUUCGCAGUGCCAACAGAAGCUCCCAUUUUGCGAGUAGCAUCUCCUCCUCGUUUAUCCAAAGAAAAGACCGUCCCAGCGUAUAAACCUCCAUCAGUGCGCAUUUUCAUGUCAUUAUUUGUCGAUCAGCCAAAUUAUCUAAUACAAUUUCUCGAACAAGUCUCGGAAAAAAGAUGGGGUGAAUUUGGGGUUUCGCGUAGAUCUGUAGAAUCAUUCGAGAAUAAAGAUGAUGAUGAGGGGUCGCAUUCUUCAAAGGAAGGACAGGAUAACAUUGAAGCAGAAGAGAAAAAGGCUGUCUGGAAUACACUAUUAGAAUUGUAUUUGUCUGAAGCAUAUCUUCCUCCCGUGGUGAACAUGAAAGAUACAAAAGGGAGAAAAAAUGGAGCGCCUGGUUCUUUUUCUGUAGCUACAGAAACUGAAAGAGUAAAGGAACGAUUGGUGCGCAAGGAUAAGGCAUUAAAGUUAUUGAAGGAGGAGGAGAUUCAGUACGAUACAAAUCAAGCCCUUGUACUUUGUCAUUUGGCUCAAUUUGACGAGGGAAUUGUAUAUCUUUAUGAAAAAUUGAGAAUGUACGAAGAUAUUUUGAGGUUUUAUAUGGCUAAAGAUAAUACUGAAAAAGUGAUACAGGCUUUAAAGAAAUACGGGCCGCACGACCAGUCAUUAUAUCCAUUGACCUUGACCUAUUUUUCAUCGUCGCCAACAACUCUGGCCUCGUCUACUUCCGAACUCUUACAAAUCCUAGAUUACAUAGAUUCACAUAAUCUACUUCCACCCUUACAAGUUGUUCAAGCGUUAAGUCGUAAUUCGGUAGCCACCCUAGAAAUGGUUAAAGGAUAUAUGGGACGACGCAUCGAAGGAGAACGCAAAGAGUGCGAAGCGGAUCGUAAAUUGAUAGCAAGUUAUCGCGAGGAAACGGAGAAAAGGAGAAAAGAAAUCGAAGAACUGAAGACUUCUGCUCGUAUAUUCCAAGUCAUUAAAUGCACCGGAUGUAAUUCAAGUCUUGAUUUACCGGCAGUGCACUUUCUUUGCCGGCAUUCAUAUCAUCAAAGGUGUCUAAUUGAUUCCGAUCGUGAAUGCCCACAAUGUGCAAUUCAACAUCGCAUGAUACAAGAGGUUAGACGCACACAAGAAGCAAAUGCUGACAAGCACGAACUCUUCUUCGAACAGUUGGAGGAAUCUGAAGACGGAUUUAGUGUUAUUGCCGACUAUUUUUCAAAGAACACUAUGGCAUUUGCUAAAUUAAUAGAUUAG